AUGACCGAUGAAGCUAGAAAGAUGUUCGUCGACAAGCACAAUGAGUAUCGAUCGCUUAUUGCUAAAGGACAGGCCAAAGGAAAACCUGGACAAAUUGCUCCAAAAGCAGCUAGAAUGUUGAAAGUGAACUACGAUUGCAAUGUUGAAGCAAAUGCGAUGGAAUGGGCCAAGGGUUGCACAUUUGGAAUGAACAUGGCGGCAAUGUUGAAGCGAUGGGGGAACAAUAUGCAUAUGAUACCAUCCAAGACCAAUAACAAGACAGAAGCUGCAGCAGCGAGUGUCGCAGCUUGGUUCAGUGAUUUACAGAAAUAUGGUGUACCUGACAGGAACGUUUUCACCAUGAACAUUUACACGACCUUGAGUAAAUACAGCCAGGUGGGACCAACUUUUCUAACAGAAAAUAAAAAUGUGAGUGUUGGUGCUCCAGUUGGCGUGGCAAUCGAGUAA